AUGACAAUUCAAAUUUUGUUACUUUUAAUAAAUUUUGUUUAAGGAGUUGAUAACUUUUAUGAAUGUUAAAUAUCGACAACUGGUUAAAUAAAUUAGAAAGGAGAUUAUUAAUUUAAAAUUAUAAGAUCAGGAGAUCCUAUUAAUCAUCCAAUAAAUUUAUUUAGAACUUAUUUCAUUUAAAUUGAUUUUCCUUGGAACAUCAACAAUGAUUACACUUGUUAUGAUGAAUCAAGUAGUUUAGUAGUUUGUAAUUACGUUGCAAACACCAGAGUAAUAGUGAACAAUUAUUUUGUCAAAGACUAUUCAAGUUUAGAUUAUAUAGAUUCAGAGGGAUUCACAUUUUUGAUUGAUUUGAAAUCAAUUUUAAACCCAAGUUAUAGUGGGACAUAUGAUAAUCCAAUUUAAAUAUCAAUAAUGAGUUCUACAAAUGGAAUAUUAGAAUAAUGUCCAAAUGGAGGAGUUCAUCCAAUAGUGAGUCCAGGAACAGGAACAUGUUCAGGAGAUGGACAAUAAUCUAAAGUAAAUAGUAUAAACACUGAUAUUUCUUUAAAUAUGUUUGUAAAAAAUUCUUUGGCUGUAGAAGUAUUUUUUUUUUAGUAAAAUAGAGUUAUUUGAUUGUAAAAUAUACUCGUUUUUGGUCUAAUGAUAAAAUCACAAAAGAAAUGAUUCCAGGAGCCAUUAGUUGUUAAGUCUAUGCUAAUUAAAUCUUUAUUUCAGGUACAACUUGUACAAAGGAUUCUACAAAUUUAUAAAUAAAAUCAAAUCUUGGAACUGGUUAUAGUGGAACCAAUGUAUAAUAUGUAUGAUAUUAGAUUACUCUAGUGAUUAAUGGAGUCAAUUCACCAUCAUCAACAACUCCUGAUGGAAGUUUUAUUUUACAAACAUAUAAUUCAAAUAAUAAAUUAAUAGAUGAAUGCUCCAUUUCAUCUAUUAGUGGAUGGACGCCUAAUGUAGUAAUACUUAGUAGUAUGACAUGGACAAAUCUAGUAAAUUAAGUAGAAAGGCUAAAUGUCUAAUUUCAAUUAAAUACUUAAAUAUUAGUAGGAGAUACAAUUUAAAUUACUAUACCUAAAGAAUUGAAGAUAAGUUCCACAAUUUUAACUCAAAUAAGAGAUACUAAAAGUACUUUCUUUAAUACUCCUUUAUAAUCAUCAGCAUUUACAAUUAAUGAUUAAUUGGUGACUAUAACAUCAAGUAAGGCAUUUUCAUCUACUCUUACAAAUAUUUUAUUGACUUUUUUUAAUGUAGCUGCUCCUCCUUCGAUUAAACCAUCUUCAACCAUCUAGAUUAGUACAUAUAGAGGUUCUUAUGUUAUUGACAAAAGUACAGCAAGUCUAACUAUUACUGCCUCUAAUGGUGCAAUUAGAUCAGUUUCUAUUGUUGCUUUAAAUAAAAUAAUCAAUUAAUUAUCAGAUUAUGAAUUUGACAUUGGAUUAACAAAUCCAAUUUUAUCAGAUGGAUAUUUAAAAAUAUAAUUUCCAACACAAUUUGAUUUAACCUAAAUAACUAAAAUACAAAACUAUUUAAUGAACACUUAAUCUUAUGAUGCCAAGUAUAGUGUUUCUGGUCAAAGUUUGAUAUUAACAUCAUUAUAUUCAUCUGAUAUUAGUGCAUCUGCUUAAAUCAAAUUUUAAAUAUCUUAAAUAAAAAAUUAAUUUAGUGCUAAUAUUAGUAAUACAUUCACUAUACAAUCAUACUAUUCUAAAAAUACUGAAGAUUUUUUAGUAGAUUAACAUACAACAUAUUAAAUGAGUUCAUUCACAUCUGGCACUUUGGAUACUAGUUCUAUUUCAGUAAAAGCUGAGUUUUAUAUUACAGGAUAGAUUGAUAAUUAUGAAAUAAGUUUAGUAAAUAAGAAUGCAAUUACAUCACUUGGAUAUUUUAUAGUUAGCUUUAUAUCUGAAUUUUCUAUGAGUGGAAAUCCUACUAGUUGUUUAGUGAAUGAGAUCAGUAGUUCUUGUUCAACUACUGCUAAAAAUACAAUUAAAAUUGUAACAUCAAGUAGUAUUAGUAGUAGCACUAAUAUUAAAUUAAAAAUAAAUUCUUAUAUUUAUAAUCCUGUUACCCUAUAAUCAUUAAAUAACAUUUUGGAAAUAAAAACAUAUGAUGAUUAAGGUUUAUUAAUAGAUAGUGGAUAAGGUGGUACUAUUUAAAUGUUGUCACUUUCCACAUUUUCAUUAACUCUCUCUUAAAGGGCCUCUUAGAUGAAUGGUGUAAAAAAUACUUAUACUUUCAACAUCAAUUUUGAAGUCACUUAGAUUAAUGGAGUAUAUUUAAUAAUAGAAAUUCCAAAUGAUUUAUCUGAUGAUUUGUAAUCUUGUUAAUCUAUUUCUCCUUUGUCAUCUACUCUACCUUGUUCAAUUUCAAAUUAAAAAUUAUAGAUUUAAUUAGUUUGCAAUACUUGUACUUCUGUAACCAAAAAUAUAGAUUAUAAAAUCACAAUUAAUCAAAUAAUUAAUCAUUUCUCUUUUAAACCAGUUACUAUUUCUAUAGCUUAUACUAUAUAAGAUUUAUCAAAUGAUUUAACCAAAUAGAGUUAAUUAAAAGACUAAUUAAUUAUUACUAAUACAUAAACUAAUACGAUUAAAUCAUUUACUUAAUCAUAUGAAUAUGGUUAUCUAAAUUAAUUAGACAAUUACUUAUUUAAUAUUGAAGUUAAUAAUCAAUUAAGAGGUAAUUUCAAAAUCGUACUAAAUGUUCCAGCAGCUAUUAAAGUUUAUCAAUCAACAGAUUCAACUCCCACUAGUAUAUCUAAUAUAUAGUUUUUACCUAACGAUGCUUCAAUCAUUUUUAAUUCUUAGAGCAUCAUUAUAACAGGUUAUUCUGGAUCAUAAAUAUCAUCAUUUUCUUUUAAAGUAAUUAAUUUGUUAAAUCCGAGUACUUCAUCAAUUAGUACAUAUUUUACAAUUAAUACAUAUUAUAUUUAAAGUACUGAUGAAUAUUAAAUGGAUGCUAGUCAACUUGGUACAUACAAUCAUAAAUGUACUUUACCUUGUAAAGAUUGUGAUUCAGUGAUAUUAACUAAAUGUUCUAGUUGUUAUGAUAACAGCAGAAGCAAUUUAGUUUAAUCAAAAAUAUAUUUCAUGAGCAUCUAAAAUACAUGUAUAAUAGAUUGUUAUAGUAUUGAUGGUUAUUUUGUUACAAGUGGAGAAUAUACAUGUUAAAAAUGUAAUCCAGAAUGUAAAAAAUGUAAAGAUUUAAACUCAUAUUGUUUGGAAUGUAGUUUAUCUUAUAAAUUCUUAAAUAAUAAAUGUUUAGAAUCUUGCCCAAAGACCUACUUUAAUAAUUAACAAGUUUGUACAAAUUGUAUAAAUAAUUGUGACACUUGUUCCAAUACAACUGAUUGUUAAGUUUGUAGUGUGAAUUUUUAUCUGUAUUAAUAAUAAUGUAUUGAAGUUUGUCCUGCUAAUAUUACAAUUGCAAACUUAUAAUAAUAAACAUGUGAUGUCUGUACAAAUAAUUGUCAAACUUGUCAAAAUCAAACCUCAUAUUGUAUAACAUGUAAAACUAAUUACUAUUUAUCUAAUAAUACUUGUAUAUCUUUAUGUAAAGAUGGCACCUAUCCAAAUGGUUCUUAAUGUACAGAUUGUCUCAAAAAAUGUAAAACAUGUAGUAAUGGAACUAAUUGUGAUACUUGUGCCAACAAUCUUUUAUUUCAUUAAAAUGAUUGUCUUGAUAAAUGUCCAGAUUAAUAUUUUGCAAAUAGUGGAAAAUGUUCAUAAUGCAAUAUUUAAUGUAAUACAUGUGAAAAUAAUUAAUAUCGAUGCACUAGUUGUUUAAAUAAUAGUUUCUUGUAUAAUAAUCAAUGUUUAGGAUAAUGUCCAGAAGAAUAUUAUAAUGAUAUUGACACAAAUAAAUGUAUAUAAUGUAAAAGUCCUUGUAAAACUUGUAAAUCAAGUACAUCUUGUUUAAGUUGUAUAACUUAGACACCUGUAUUAUAUUAUUAUAACAAUUCAUGUCAUACAGAUUGUCUUUAAUAUUAUGCUCCUGAAAAGGGUUAAUGUGUUUAAUGUAGAAAUCCUUGUAAAUAAUGUACAACAACACCUGAUAUAUGUAAUGAAUGUUAUCCAAAUACUUAUUUAUUAAAUUAAAUGUGUGUCACUGAUUGUGGAGAAGGAUACUAUAAAGAUAGUUAAAAUUAUUAAUGCUAAUUUUGUUCAGAUCCAUGCAAAAGUUGUUCUAAUAAAAAUAAUAAUUGUCUUUCUUGCAAAGAUAAUUUGUAUUUAUUCAAAAAUACAUGUGUUGAAAAUUGCUAAAAUGGUUACUACUAAUAAGAUCAAUAAUGUCAACCCUGUUUAAAUGUUUGUUUGAGUUGUUUAGAUAAUGUUAGUUGUACAUAAUGCAAGGAGAAUCUAAUAUUAUAUAAUAAUCAAUGUUUAACAUCUUGUCCAUAGAAUUUAUUUGAAGAGAACAACAGUUGUGUAGGAUGUAGAUCACCUUGUUUAUAAUGUGGAUAAUCUCCUAAUGAUUGUUUAUCUUGUGUUUCUACAACAUUUUUAAAUGGGUAAUCAGAAUGUGUAAAAGAAUGUGAAGAGGGAUAUUAUGGAGAUCAGAUUUCAAAUAAAUGUCUAUAAUGUGUAAUCCCUUGUAAAAAAUGUUCGUCAAGUACCUCUUGUUUAAGUUGUAUAGAUUAGAUACCAAUUUUAUUUUAUUACAACAACUCAUGCAAUACAAUAUGUCCAAAAAAUUAAGUUCCAGAAAAUGGAGUAUGUGUUGAUUGUAGAUAACCUUGUAAAACUUGUAAUACAACUCCUGAUGAUUGUAUAUCAUGUUUAAAUGAUUCAUAUCUUCAUGGUAAUAAGUGUUUGAGUGUUUGUGAUGAUGGUUAUUAUGCAGACAAUACCAUAAAUGAAUGUAAAUAAUGUAUAUCCCCUUGUUAAAAGUGUCUAAGUCUUACAACUUGUAUUACAUGUCUAUAAAAUUAAAUUAAUAAAAUUUUGGUAGAUGGCACUUGUAUAUCCUCUUGUCCAACUGGUUAUUAUGAAUCUAAAGGCACAUGUUUAUUAUGCACUAUUGAUUCCAAAGAUAAGGUUUGCAAUUCAACUGUUUAAGUUCUUGAAAGUAUUUAAACUGAAAAAUUCAUUCCUAUGCCUUGCACUAUCCUUACAUUAGUAUUUACUACUACUGUUAUUGUUGCAAAAAUUACUAAACCUGAAACUUUUAUUCCUGGUGCUGUAACAUCUAUUGGAGGUUUAUUUGAAUGGGGUAGUCAUUGUGUCUUAUUAUAUUUAAGCUAUUCUUAAUGGGGAUUAUUUAAUACUAAAAACUAUAUUAUUAUGGGAGCUUUGGCUUUUAAUUAUUUAUUUAAUUUUAUUCAUUUGAUAUCUGCAAGAUUUACUAUCUAUAAUGAUGCUUAUUUUUAAUAAUGGUUAAGUAGUAGAUAAGUUAAUAAAAUUACUUAUGCUAUGUUAUCUUUCAUUGGGUUCAUCACUACCUUUAAAAUUAAUAAAUUAUAUUUCUCUAGAUACUUUGGUUUUUAUUUCUUUAAGGCUUGUAUUGUUGACAUUAAUAAAUUUCUCUUUUUCAAUAUCAUCUCUUUAUUAAGCAUUUUUUUAACUACUUUACCAAUGAUUGUUGCUUCAGCAAUCAUUUUAAACGAGUAUGAUUAGAAAGAUUAAUUGUAUAUUUCUACUAUUGAUUCUAUUAUUGUUACUUUCAUUAUUUUUAUUUCCAUUAUUUGGGAAUCUUAAAAAAAUGAAGAUUAUUUUAAAGAAAAUGGACUUUAAGCUUUAAAUUAUGUUGUAGCAUAAUCUUUUAUUGCUGGAUAAUCUGAAUAAUAACCUGUAGAUUAAUCUGUAGAAUAAGAAGAAGUUAAUUUAAAUGAAGAAAUUCAAAAAUAAUAAAUAGAAUAAUUUUAAAAAAUUCAUUCUACUAAUAAUUAAAAAAAAUCAUUUUUACUUAAAAAUAAUUCUGAUAUUAUCAAUCCAGGAAAAAAACAUACUGUUGUUCCAGAAGAUGGACCAUUUUUUAGAACUUAAAAUAGUGAUUCAUACACUAGUCAACAAAAAAAAGAAUUUGAUUAAUUUAUUCAUAACAAAAAUACUAAAAAAAAUCCAGAUGAUUAAUCACUUAAUUUAUCUUCAAUUUAAGAAUAACCAUAACAUCCACUUAAUGAAACUUCAUAAGAUAAAGAUUUUUUCAAUGAUUACAAAGUAUUAUAAUUUCAAAAUCCUGAAGAACUUCAACAAAAAUUUAUGUAAACUGAAUCUUAAUAAGAUUUUGAUCUUUCUUCAGAAUUAGAAGGUAAUAAUUUUAAUUUUUAAACAAAUCAAUUAAAUACUCCAUAAAAUAUUACUGCAAAAGGUACUAAAUUCAAAAAAAGAAAUAAAACUAUUGAAAUCGUAGUAGAUGAAAUGAAUUAUGAUAAAAAUGAUUCAAAUUAAAUCUAAAAUAGUCCUGAUUAAAAAAAAUAAUAAGAAAAUAAUGAAGAAGAAUUCCUCAAAUAAAAAUUAGAAGAAGAAAGACUCAAAAUUAUCAAAGAAGAAGAAUUGAAGUUAGAAUAAUUAAAAGAAGAAUAAAGAUUAAAAGAAGAAUUAUAUCAAGAACAAUUAUUAUAAAUAUAAUUAGAAAAAUAGAGAAUUGAGAAUGAAAAAAAAUAAAUAGAAGAAGCUGAAAGAAUUAAGGCUGAAAAAAUAAUUAAAGAAACUUAAAGAAGGGAAAAAGAAAUCUUAUUGGAAAAUGAAGAAAAAUAGAAAUUGUGGGCAUCUUAAUUAGAAGAAGAAUAAAGAUAGAGAGUAAUUUAAGAACAAAGAGAAUUUGAAUUAAAAUAAGAAUUAGAAAAAGAGAAAUUAGAAAAAAUUAAAUUUUAAUAAUAAUUACAGGAAAAACUAAUAAGAGAGUAAGAAUUGGAAAAAUUAGAAAUAGAAAAAAAAAAAAAAGCUGAAAUGGAAAGAUUGGAAUUAUAAAAAUUAGAGGAAAUUAGAUUAGAGGAAUUAAAAAUUUAUAAAUAAAAAGAAUUAGAAUUACAAAAACAACUUUAAGAAUAAAUUAAAAAAGAAAAAGAAGAAUAUGAAUUAAGAAAAAUAUAAGAGGAAGAAACUUUAAAAUUAUAAGGAGAAUUAUUAAAAAGAUAACAAUAAGAAGAAUUAAGAUUAAAAUAAGAAGAAGAAAUAAGACAAUAGCAAGUAUUAUAAUUAAAAUUACAAAAAGAAGAAGAAUUAAGGAAAUAGUAAGAAGAAGAGGAAAAUCAAAAGUAACUUAAAUUAUUAUAAGAAGAAGAAUAAAAGUAACUUAGAUUAUUAUUAGAAGAAGAAGAAUAAAAAAAACUUAAAUUAUUUUAAGAAGAAGAAUAAAAAAGGUUAAAAUUAUUAUAAGAAGAAGAAGAAUUAUAGAGACUUAAAUUAUUAGAAUAAGAAGAAUAAAAAAUAUUUAAUUCUUCUGCUUAGAGAAAUUAAUCACUCUAAUUCAUAGAUUUUGAUAAUGAUCAAGAUUAAAUUUCUUAAGAUAAAGAAGCUAACAAAAAUAAGAAACAAAUUUUCUUAUAAUUAGAUGAUCUUGAUGAUUAAUUUGUACCUCAAAAGAAAUCGAAAUUUGAUAGCGCUUCUAUAGAAUUGGCUGAGGAAAAAAUUAUACAAGAAAAUGAUUAAAGUGGUUGUCAAAAUACUGAUUAUUUAAGAUAAUUUGAUAUAAAUGAUCCAAAAGAUAUAUUUUAACCUAGAAUUUCAUCUAAAAGUAUAAGUGUUAAUCAUACUCAUAAUAAUCCUUAAUAAAUUAAUAAGACCAUACAAGAUUAUCCUAAUUCUAGGCAUUUUUCAGGAGUUAAUCAGCAUUAAUUUAUUCCUAAAAAGAAAAAUUCAAAUGUCCCUAUUACAAACUAUCAAAAAUAAGAAAUUCCAAAAAGAUCCUCAAAAUCUUCUAAUCCUCAUAAUACUCUUAAUUAACAGAGUUAAAAUAAAGUUUUAGGAACUCCUACAAACUAUUAGCAAAAUAACAUUAAUUUUAUUGGAAAUGCUUACAAUACUUUUGCACCUAAAACAGUUAUAAAUAAAGAAAAAGAUGAUAGAUAUUUAAGAUAGAAAGAAGAAAUAUAUCUAUAGCAUAUUCCAAAUUAUUAUGAGAAAUAAGUCUUAGAGGAUUUAAAAAAGAAAAAAUAAUAUUAAUAAUAAAAAAAGAAUGCAAGAUCCAGUUAACAUAAGUAAUUUGAAGUAGCUGAUGAUCUCCAUUUGGAUUUCUGA